UGUGUGUGUGUGUAGACCGAGAAUCCAUCCUCAGAAACCCAAAAAAAAAGAAAAAUAAAAACACUCGAGCACAAAUCCAAAUCUCAUCCUUCUUCUUCUUCUUGCAUUCCUUAGAUUGUUUGCUUGCUUUCAAUGGACGCUUGAUUUGCUCUGGUAACUUCGUUUAGUGUGAGAGAGUUUACUAUGGAUCCUGAAAGUACCAUGGUGGCUGAUGGGACUACUGACUCUGCUCUUGCGAAUGGUGGUUUAACAGUGGAGAGUGUAGUCGUUGUUGAAGGAAAUGGUGUUGCUUCUGGUGAAACUUUGGAUAAUAAUUCAGGAAGUCAGAAUGAGAGUUCGGCUUUGGAUGCAGAUGAACAGCCGAAAGAGGCAGCUGAGGGCACACAAGUUGAAAGUGUAGAUGGGCCAAAGUAUGUUAAUGGACAAAAGGCUCAACGGAAGCUAAAGCAGGAGAAACUCUCUGGUGGUAAGAAUGUUCCGUCGGUUCUUAUCAAGAAGAAGAAAGAGAUUAAAGGUGCAGAUGCUAAAGUGGCAUCAUCUAAUGGCUCUGUUGCUCCUGUUGCACAAACAACAAAGUCUCUGAAGAGCACAUCUUUCAAUGGUAGAGCGGCUAAGGUCACUGAGCAUGGAAAGCAAGACCGUGCACCAGCUGAAAGCGCCGCCGGGGACAAGGUGAAACCAAAGCCUCAAAAGAAACAAGUCCAGGAGACACCUGAAGAUGAUGCUCAGUCUUCUAAUAGUCCGAAAGCAGAAGAUGGCAAACCUCGUAAAGUUGGUGCACUUCCAAAUUACGGGUUCAGUUUCAAAUGUGACCAACGGGCUGAAAAGAGAAGAGAGUUCUAUGUUAAGCUUGAGGAGAAGACUCAUGCGAAAGAGGAGGAAAUCAAUAACAUGCAAGCCAAGUCCAAGGAAACACAAGAAGCUGAGCUUAGGAAGCUAAGAAAGAGCUUGAACUUCAAAGCCACACCCAUGCCUAGCUUUUCUCAGCCGCCUAAAACAGAGUUAAAGAAGAUACCACCAACGAGACCCAAAUCUCCAAAACUCGGGAGGAAGAAGACUGAUUCUGAAGAAACUCAGACCCCUCGUGUCGCUAGGCUGAGCUUAGAUGAGAAAGCCUCUAAAGAUAGCUCAACUGCUAAGGGAACUGUGCCAGCGGUUGAUCUCAAGAAGCAACCCUUGCGCAGGUCACUUCCAAGAUUGCCAUCUCAGAAAACAGCUCUCCCUGAUGGGAAACUCGCUCCAGCAAAAGCUGCAACAGCCUCAGCUAAGGUGAAACCUGAAAGGAAGAAAGUUGAAAAAGAUGCCCUGAACCAGUCUUCAAACCCCAUAGAGGAGGAAGCACAAGGGAAUGUAUCGGCCAAUGCAGAUGCAGAAGAAACACAUGAGGUUGCAUCUCCAAGGAUGGAUGAAGAGAGAGCCGAGUCCAUAGAGGUAUCUGAAGUGGUUGCUGUUGAGCAUUAAGACUCAUUAGCUUGCAUUAAUUAAGGAGGACAAGAGGAAAAAGAAACCGUAUGAUAUUUUUAUUUUAUAUUAUAUCUUCGACCAAAACUUAUGUGAGAAGAAAUGGGUAAAAAGAGUGAAAAGAGUCAUAUGGGGUUUGGUUCUAAAUGUUGCUGCUUUUUGAUAUUUCUAUGUUUGAUGGUAAUGUUUUUAAUCUUUCAAGUUGUGUUUUUUUUUUUUAUGUCUAAGCUCUUUUCUUUUUGAUGCUUUGAUUCUUAAAAGGUGAAUAUUCAGGAGAUUAUGCGUGCGCUUUGUGUA